CUUCCGCCGGGCGCGAUGGAGCCGGGGCGCGGGGCGGCCGCGGCGCUGCUGGCGCUGCUGUGCGCGGGCUGUGCGCUGCGCUCCGGGCGCGCCCAGUACGAGCGCUACAGCUUCCGCAGCUUCCCGCGGGACGAGCUGAUGCCGCUCGAGUCGGCCUACCGGCACGCGCUGGACCAGUACAGCGGCGAGCACUGGGCGGAGAGCGUGGGCUACCUGGAGAUCAGCCUGCGGCUGCACCGCCUGCUGCGCGACAGUGAGGCCUUCUGCCACCGCAACUGCAGCGCGGCGCCCCAGCCCGAGCCCGCCGCCGGCCUCGCCCGCUACCCCGAGCUGCGCCUCUUCGGGGGCCUGCUGCGCCGCGCGCACUGCCUCAAGCGCUGCAAGCAGGGCCUGCCUGCCUUCCGCCAGUCGCAGCCCAGCCGCGAAGUGCUGGCCGACUUCCAGCGCCGAGAGCCCUACAAGUUUCUGCAGUUCGCCUACUUCAAGGCAAAUAAUCUUCCAAAAGCCAUUGCGGCUGCUCACACCUUUCUACUGAAGCAUCCUGAUGACGAAAUGAUGAAGAGAAACAUGGCAUAUUACAAGAGCUUGCCUGAUGCCGAGGACUACAUUAAAGACUUGGAAACCAAGUCAUACGAGAGCCUGUUCAUCCGAGCUGUUCGGGCGUACAAUGGCGAGAACUGGAGAACGUCCAUCACAGACAUGGAGCUGGCCCUUCCCGACUUCUUCAAAGCCUUUUAUGAGUGUCUUGCAGCCUGCGAGGGCUCCAGGGAGAUCAGAGACUUCAAGGAUUUCUAUCUUUCCAUAGCAGAUCAUUAUGUAGAAGUUCUGGAAUGCAAAAUACAGUGUGAAGAGAACCUCACCCCAGUUAUAGGAGGCUAUCCAGUGGAGAAAUUUGUGGCUACCAUGUAUCAUUAUUUGCAGUUUGCUUAUUAUAAGUUGAAUGACCUGAAGAACGCAGCCCCCUGUGCGGUCAGCUACCUGCUCUUUGACCACAACGACAAAGUCAUGCAGCAGAACCUGGUGUAUUAUCAGUACCACAAGGACAAGUGGGGCCUCACGGACGAGCAUUUCCAGCCCAGGCCAGAAGCAGUUCAGUUCUUUAACGUGACGACACUUCAGAAAGAGCUGUAUGACUUUGCUAAGGAAAAUAUAAUGGAUGAUGAUGAGGGAGAGGUUGUGGAAUAUGUGGAUGAUCUCUUGGAGCUGGAGGAGACCGGCUAGUCCAUGGGAGCCAAAGAAACUUCCCCUCGAUGUUCAGGAAAUACAGAUUCUUUGACUUCCUUUUUCCAAAAGCCCAAGUUGUUGAUACCUCAAAGCCUUCUCUUUACUCUGUGAAGUGAAAGGGAAGCCCCCGUCUCUCACUACAUAUAACAAGGGGUGAGCCUGCCUUCCCCACGACCACAUCUGCUUCCCCAUCUUCACACCUGCCUUUCCCAUGACCACACCUGCCUCCCCAUCUUCACACCUGCCUUCCCCGUGACCACACACCUAGGCUUCCCUUUGUCCACACCUGCCCUCCCCAUCUUUACAACUGCCUCCCCAUCUUCACACCUGCCUUCCAAGUGUCUACGUCUGCCUCCCCAUCUUCACACCUGCCUUCUCUGUGUCCACAUCUGCCUCCCCAUCUUCAUACCUGCCUCCCCAUCUUCACACCUGCCUUCCCUGUGUCCACACUUGCCUUCUCCAUCUUCACACCUACCUUCUCCAUGUUUAUACCUGUCUUUCUCACCAUUUUGGUUGGAAGGACAGUUUUCCAUGGUUUGUUUUUUUUCCAGAAAGUCAGUGUUAUUUUUUUAAAUAAGAAAAAUACUCCUAAAAGAUGAUAAUUUUAAAAACCUACUGUGGCCUUUCUGCUCUUCCAGAUUUUAGUCUCCUUUCUCCCCAUCCCCUGAUCCAGCAAAGAUGGUGAGGACAAAGGCUAAACUUCUCCACACCCCAUGAUGGUCUACACCUGGUCUGACCUGCACUAUUUCUGGCACCCACUGAAAAAUAAGUUGGGUAGACAGUGUAGAGUACAGAAAUGUGGCGUUUGCCCAACACUUUUGCAUCUCGAAAGUCUUACAAUCUUUCGUCCAUCCCAUUUGAGGACAAUGCUCAGUUAUAAGUCUCAGAGUUGGAAAUGGAAGAAAGCAGAGGGAGUCUACUUUCAUUCAUCCUUUUAAUAAAUGUUUAUUGAGCACCUA